AUGGUCGUCUACGUUACUACAACAUCAGGAACUAAGGCAGCCGUUCCACGCCACGUCCCAUUUCUUACCACCUUUGGAAUCAGACCAAUUUCCUUCCGUCCUUCAGCAUUGUCACAGAAGUUCAUAGACCUUUAUUUUACUCCUAGAAUAUUCCUUGCAAUGUACUCCCCUGUGGAACUAACAGAGCAUUGGGAGGAGUUGNGUCCUUCAGCAUUGUCACAGAAGUUCAUAGACCUUUAUUUUACUCCUAGAAUAUUCCUUGCAAUGUACUCCCCUGUGGAACUAACAGAGCAUUGGGAGGAGUUGAGAGAGGAGAUUGAGAAGAUGUGGCAGGAGCAGAGGGAUAAUGUUGAGUGGUGGUAUGUUGAUAGUAGGAUUCAUAGACCUUUAUUUUACUCCUAGAAUAUUCCUUGCAAUGUACUCCCCUGUGGAACUAACAGAGCAUUGGGAGGAGUUGGGAGACGAGAUUGAGAAGAUGUGGCAGGAGCAGAGGGAUAAUGUUGAGUGGUGGUAUGUUGAUAGUAGGACUUCUGCUACGCAUAAUUCUGCUACUGGAAGAGAAGGUACGGGUGCGGAACCCAACGAGCAAAGCGCAGAGACUCAUAAGACCGACGAGGAGACCGUUGCAAAUGAGAAGUCUGCUACGCAGCCCUAA